GUUCCAGGACCAAGUUGCCUGCGGGUAUGGGGAUCAUACAUACAUACAUACAUUAACAUGCACUAUGGACGACCCUUUGAUGCAAAACUGCCAUAAAAACUUGUCGAAAAGUUGGAGCUCUCCACCGCUAGAGGCAGCACCGUGCAUGUCCUCGUUUUGAACCUCAAGUUCCGAAUGUGGUUAAGUCUUAAAACUUUUCAAAUCAAAUGGCCUCAGGCCCACGAAAUUGAUCGCAAAAGAGUUGUUUUGCCUAAUUUUAAAGGAAUCAUGAGGAAAUUUGGACUAGAAAUACGGUGUUCGCUAAAAUCAUUCUUCGAACACAUCGAAAUGGUACGAUCAUGCACCAUUCUAAUCGAAAAUUUGCCAGAAUUUCAACAAGCAUCUUGCAAAGUUCUUUGUCAUACUGGUCAUGUGUGUCAUGUGGUCAUGUGCAACAUAACCACCUGCACCUUUUUGUUUACCAAUCCUAAGGACGUUGGUUCGAACCCCUCCUCGAGUGACUUUGAUUUUUCGUCCGUAUUCAGCAUUCCAAGUUUGAGAUAAGCCAAACCAGCUUCUACCCUAGAUUGACUUGACUUGUUUCGGAUAAGCGUAAAUAUUACUGAUUUUGAAUUUACGUGUAUGAGAGUUUGUGUUAACAAAUUGAAUAUCAACGUGUACGAAAAGAUAAAUAAAAAGCUGACAGAAGUAUUUUAAUUUGAUUUGCUAAAAUUUCUGUUGAACUUUAAUUGACUAAGUUUUCUAAGUUGAUUGAGUGUUUAAUGAUUAAAUGAAUCAAAGAAUACUUAGCUGAAGUUAGCCAAAACGCGAUGAACGUUUGCAGAAUUUGUUUGUGCGAUGAAAGCGAAGCUUUCGAUCGAUUUCUCGUGGACAUUUUCCAGCAAAGCAUUGAAGCACAGAACCGCAAUUUCUCCAUCCCGGCCGCUCUACAAGCAAUAUGUGGAAUAGAGCUCUCAGAAUCGGACACCAGUCCACGGCUAGUUUGCUUGGAGUGCCGAUCCCGGCUCGAGGAAGCCUUCAACCUUCGGCAGCUUGCCCGGCGUUCUCACGAAACGCUGGCCGCCAAAAGCUUGAUCGCGGAGGAUGAAGCGAUCAAGGUAGAUUCGGAAGUCCCCGCGGUGAAGCUGGAACUGAGCGACGUGGACGCUGAAGAGGAAGCUUCCCCGGAUGAGGUGCUCAUUUGCUGCGGCUGCAAUUUUACGUGCGUUGACGAGCAGGAACUUAUGGACCACUCGAAGCAGGUUCAUUUCCCGGGGGCGCCCGUUGACCCACCGCGCAACAAAGCGUUGUGCAUGGUUUGCUAUUCGCUGUUUGCGAGCUGGAAGAUUUUGGAAGCCCACUGGAGUGGGAAGAUUGGGGGACGGGUGGUUCGGAUUUGUCCCCGGUGCGAGUGUCAAUUUGGGAGCAAGGAGCGCUAUGAGGAGCACACGUGUAAGGGUGAGACGAGGGAUUUGUUUGGGUGCUGUGGAUGUGAGUUCCAAACCGAAAAGGAGAACAAGUACAAGUGGCACACCAAGGGCCAUCGGGACGUCGAGCGGAAAACUCGGAACGAGGAGCUGGUGAAGUCGCAUCCGGUUCGAUGUUCCGUUUGUGCUGGGCGAUUCAAGACGAAGGAGGAACUUACGAGGCAUCGGGAGGAUCAUCGAAAUCAAACGAAGAAAAGAUCGAAAGUGGUUGUUGAGGAAUCGGUGGAUUUGGAGCUUGCGUGCUGUGGGUGCUUCAAGGUUUACAAGACUGUUGAGGAGGUGAAGGAACAUCAGCAGCAAGUUCACGCACCGGAACGGGAAGCGACGAGUGCAAAUGGGUUUGAAUGCGGAAACUGUUUCAAGCGCUUCUUAAACGUAAGUCAACUCAGGAAACACACUAUCGAAUUGAGACGUAGAUUUGCGUGCAGCAAGUGUCCGGCAAUGCGCAAUUCGGUUCAGGAUAUGCUCCAGCAUUUGGCUUCUCACGAUGGGCCAAAGUCGUACUGGUGCUGUGGGUGUCGGUUGCACCGAGAGCGGUUCGAUACGCCGGAAGAGCUUGAACGGCACAGCCAGGAGAUUCACGCCAACCAGCCCAGGUUUUACCACAAGGUGGACAACGUCGAGGAGGCGCGUCCCUUCGAGUGCAAGACCUGCUACCGGAGGUACCCGAGCGAAAUGCGUCUGCGAGUGCACAUGGUCUCAACGUACGAAGAGGAGAGUUUUGUGUGUGACACGUGCGGAAAGGCAUUUUCACGAUUUCCAGCAUUUGACACACACUUGGCCUUGCACAAAGAAGCUACCGAUUAUCCCUGCCCGAUUUGUUCGAAAGCGUACAAGCACGAAAGACAGGCCCGAGGCUGUGAGCUGCGACACAUAAAGCAAGCCACCGCGGAGUACGUGUGCAAGAUUUGCGGCGGUAAAUUUGCCAACAGUUCCAACCUGUACUCGCAUCUGAUCUCCCACACGGAAGCAACCCGGUUCAGCUGCUCCAUCUGCGGAAUGCGUUUCAAGCGAAAAAUGGGCCUCCGCUCGCACAUGGUUUUGCACGGAAGUACGCGUAACUUUGCCUGCCAGUACUGUCCGUCCCGGUUCCACACGGCAAGCACGCUGGAAAAACAUAUGAUCCAACACACCGGCAUCUUUCCGUACGAGUGCGAUUUCCCGGGUUGUGGUCAGAAGAUCCGCGCACGACUAAAAUACAUCCAACACAUUGAGUCGCACGUUGACGAUUCCGAGCGGCUGUUUGGCUGCCACCUGUGCGAGCAACGUUACAGCCGGGACCACUUUUUGUCCCAACACUUGAAGUACGCGCACCAGAUCGAACCGCAAGACAAAAGUUGGAAGGCCAAAUUCAAUCGCCAAAGCCAGCCGGGGAUUCGACGCACUUCGGGGCAGAUUGAGGACGGAGAAGACGACGAGGAAAUGACAGUUGAGUACAUCGAGCAGGAUAUGGAAUAAAUUUGAACUCUGAUUUAAA